GAGGUGACAUCAUGUCAGGGAUGCGACACACAGCACCACGCCUCGGGAGAUGAGAAGCCAUCACGCCUGCUUUAGCUGCUAAGAAGGGAACAUGAUCGUGGAAGCGUAAUUUUGUAUCACCAAGGAUCCUUAGAGCUUUACCAGAGCAGGAGAAAAGAACUGGCAUAUAAAGUGAAGGUCAGACUCGAAUGCCGCCACAUGCAAAUGAGGGAAGCACGACGGGACUUCUUCGCCUCUUCUCCUGUGCCUACAAUCCCCUGGUCACCUCCUCAUUGCUGCACAAUUUGCAUACAAUAAAGCCAGCCGCCCCGGAGGAAGUAGAGGUGACAGUGGUGUUGGAUUGUGAGGCUGCGAGACACUGGUGAAGGUGAGGCAGUGGUGAGCAGCCUGUGUUGCUUGUUGUUUAUCUCCCCUCGCCAUGGCUCGUCGCACUUCCAGAAAAGUCCACGGGGGCCUGUUUCACCGCUUCCAAGGCAAGAAAAGCUUCAUGGAAUUUUUAAAGCUUCAGUACAUCAUCACGGGAAACCCGAGGGACGUGGUGAAGCGUGUUGAUCUCUUCCGUGCCUACAAGAGAUUCUGCACUGCCAGGAGUCUCCCCGUGGCCUCCAUGGUGAACAUAGGGCGCCAUCUGGGUGGUCAGCAUGUGUGGGCGUCCAAGCGGCUGGGCGGCGCGAACGGCAGGAACCAGGAGUAUGCCUACGUGGGUUUGUCCUUGAAGGAUGUGCCUGAUGAGGAAGUCAAGGAGGAGCAAUCCUCGUCCCCUGCCAGCCCGGCCACCCCGUCACUGCUGCCCUCGUCCUCCAAGGAAGGCAGCCAACAGACUAGCGACUGGCUCUCCCCCAGCCCCAAGCCCCUCAAGAUUUCGCUGUCACCUCUCAGCGAAGAUACCCUGGGGCUCUUUGACUCGUUCCUGCAGGAUCACGUGGAGUGCACAGGCUCGGCGGAGGACGCAGUAUCCGUUGAAGAGUUGCACAAGGCGUACCGGCGACUGUGUCGGUCGAAGGGCGUCAAGCCGCCGUCUUUCUCUAAACUGAAAACCCGAUGCCUCUUCCAGCGGGAAAACGUAUCCAUCUCGCGCGUCCCCUUUCAGUCUGUAAAACGGGCAUACACGGGCCUCAGGUGGACUAGUUCCGCCCUUCAGUCCCUCAACCCCAGCAGGAAAGUCCAACCAGCGCCCUGUAGUUCCUGCCAGGCCAAGAACCAGGCACCAGCCGCUCCUGUAGUCCUGUGUGAGGUAAACCAGGAUGGAAACGACUGGAUACCGCUAGUGAGGAUUGACGGCACCGCGGACCAGACUACCCUUAAAUACUGGGGCGAUGAGGACUCCAGCACCUUCAUCAACACCCUGGUGUCUCCAUCCACAUUCCUUCCUGCAUCUGCGUCGCCGUCCACCCCCCCGGAGACACAGGACUCCGACUUGUUUCAAAUGUUGGAUAUCUUUGGCAAUACGGAUCCUGUCAUGUUCUAAGUCACUGGUUAACAUGUCGCCAACCUACUGCGAGGAAAGGGACACUGCCGUGGACUGUGUGGCCAUUCAGAAUGCAGUUAGAUGCGUAGAUUUCUUAUACCUUCGUCCCAAAGCGUGUUAGUAAUAGUUUUAGGAAUUAUGCAUUCCUGUAUGGUUAGAGCAGAUGAGGAUUGUGCAGGGCAGCCUGAAACAAUAUUCCUUGUGACAUGGCGCCGACAGACCGGAAGGAGUAUUGUAACGGUAAAGGCGGUGUUGUGCAUGAAGGCGUGGUGUGCUGCAUGUGCAUGUUUUAUACUGAUGUGUUGUUACUUGAUGUUACUGUACAGUGUUACAAGCGGAUUUACUCUUAUGAUUUAUUUAUUUUUUUCAUUUCCUUGUUAUUUACGUAUUUUUGUUACCUAUUACAUCACGUUCGGGUAUGUUGCGUUUUUGUUCUGAUUUACAUGUGUGAAGGCUGUGAAAACGUGACCUUGAUUAAACUCAGGUGAAUAUUAGCUACAAGUGUAUUGUCAAAGUUGUGCUCUCAUUACAAAAAUUUCAGGCGUUGAUCGUUCUGCUUGAUUUUAUUUUUCUAACAUAAGCUUGCACGAGGUAUUUGUCGUAUCAUGUGUAUAUUGGAGUCUCAGGAUGGUUAGAGGUAUAAAGGUUAGCUGUUAUUUUGUUAUUGUUAUUUUAAUGUGUGUGUGUGUGUGUGUGUGUGUGUGUGUGUGUGUGUGUGUGUAAGGACGUAAUAUUUCUUGAUAAAUGCUUGCAAGAACCAUAGAUCAUUAUAGGCAUUUUUUUUUUUUAACUUUUGGUUUCGUUGAUUUACCUUUACCAGAAACCCCUCCCUUACCUUGCAUACUAUAACAAACAUUUAUGAGUUCCUGUUUGUGACAGAGUGAGUCUGAAAAGAUGGUUAUAGUAUUAAUAAACGGAGAUUUUACAA